GCGGCCCGAGGCAGCCGGCUCGGGGGCGGAACGCUUAUAGCCGUCGGGGCAGCCGCGGCGGCCGGGAGCAGCCAUGUCCUCCGUGCGGGAGAAGGCGGCGGGGCUCCACAUCUCUGCGCUCUACAGCCCCGAGAAGCCCCCGGGUUUCAGCGUGGCCCAGAAGCCCUUUGGGGCCACGUAUAUCUGGAGCAGCAUUAUAAACACCCUUCAAACAGAAGUGGAAGUCAAAAAACGAAGACACCAUUUAAAGCGGCAUAAUGACUGCUUUGUGGGCUCCGAUGCUGUGGACGUUGUCUUCUCUCAUCUAAUUCAGAAUAAAUUUUUUGGAGAUGUGGAUAUUCCUCGUGCCAAAGUGGUCCGAGUCUGUCAGGCAUUAAUGGACUACAAAGUGUUUGAAGCAGUCCCGACCAAAGUGUUUGGAAGAGACAAACGGCCGGUGUUUGAAGACAGCAGCUGUAGCCUGUACAGGUUCAUAGCCGUCCCUGACCAAGAGGCUGGGCAGUCAGGGAAAGAGAACAGAGAGUGUGCACCUUCCAGAUAUGAGAAGACACCAUUCUCUAAUUCAUCUGCUUUGAAAUCAACAAGUUUAGAGGACCUGUGGGAAAAUCUGAGUUUAAAACCUGCUAACUUCCCGCAUAUAAAUAUCUCUACAAAUUUGUCUCCUCAAGUUAUUAAUGAAGUAUGGCGAGAAGAAACCAUUGGGCGCCUACUACAGCUUAUAGACCUCCCCCUCCUUGACUCCUUACUUCAGCAUCAAGAGAUGGCACCCAAAGUUCCUAAGGCACAACCAGAUUUGAUCAACACCAGUAACUAUUUGGACCGAGGAGUUCUCAAGGCCUAUAGUGACUCACAGGAUGAUGAAUGGCUCUCCGCAGCAACUGACUGCUUAGAAUACCUUCCAGACCAGAUGGUGGUGGAGCUAAGCAGAAGUUUUCCAGAGCUACCAGACAAAGGAGAUGUGUGGAAAGCACUCUUAUUUGAUACCAUAAGUAAAUACUACAACAAUAGGGAACCUCUUUUAAAUCACUUAUUUGAAAUCCACACGGGGAUUGCAGAACUUCUAGUGAAUGGGAAGACAGACAGAGCCCUAGAGGUCACCCAGCUCUGUCUGAAGCUGUUGGAUCCCAACAAGAGAGAGGAGUUUCGAAGACUGCUGUACUUUAUGGCCAUCGCAGCGCGCCCUUCUGAAUUUAAGUUACAGAACGAGAGCGAGAAUCGGAUGGUUGUGAAGAGGGUGUUUUCUAAAGCGAUUGUAAAUAACAAAAAUUUAUCCAAAGGCAAAAAGGAUCUUUUGGUGCUGUUUUUAGUGGAUCAUCAAAAAGAUGUUUUUAAGAUCCCGGGAACGCUUCACAAAAUCGUCAGUGACAAACUCACGGCCAUACAGGGAGGAAGAGAUCCAGAUACAAACACAGGCUAUGUUUUCUGCCAAAGACAUGACUCUAAUGAGUAUUACAGCAAUGCCCAGAAAGCCACUAAGGAAGAGCUUUUAUCUUUGUUAAAAACUAUUGACAAGGACUCAAAAUUAUCUGCCAAAGAAAAGAAGAAAUUGCUGGGUCAGUUUUAUGAGAGUCAUCCAAAUAUCUUUGUUGAAUAUUUUGGAGACAGAGUUUCAAAUAUUUGUAUAUAGUUUGUGAAUAUGAGAGUGUGUAUAUCUGAAAAUAAAAUUUAUAAUCUA